AACUGUAUAGAUAUGCCUUGGUGUAUUGUGUAAAUAUUAAUUUGCUGUCAUUGGAAUUCAGUUGACAGUUUUCUUAUGUGUUUUGAGUUCUUUUAUAUCGUGCUCUCAUUGCGAACAGACAUACUUUUGUAAUAUACUGUACUGAAAGAAUGCCACGUGCAAACAUUGGCAGACGUUCACGUCAAUCAAAUGCUACAGCGUUAAAUCGAAGAUCACAAAGUGAGGAAGAUCGUGUUCGACGAAAUGAAGUGGAAACACAACGACACAGACGGAGAAAUCAGUCGGUUAAUAGCGAAGCACCAAGAAACCGUCGUGGGCGUACGCCCGUUUAUGAUAUACGUCAAAUGGAACGCGCGGCUUUCAAUUACGAUGCCACCAUUGAUUACAGCAUGCAUGCCUACAUUGGCCAAAUGAGUAUAGAAUGUAUACAUUGCAAAGAACUUAAAUUCAGAAACGAAACACCUGGUAUGUGCUGUGCUGGUGGGAAAGUCAAAUUGCCGGUGCUAGAACUUCCGCCAGAGCCUUCGAAUUCAUUGGUUUUUGGCAAUUCACCAACGUCGAAGCAUUUCCUCUUAAACAUUAAAAAAUACAAUUCUUGCUUUCAAAUGACAUCUUUUGGAGCUACAAAUAUUAUAAGAGAUGGAUUUAUGCCGACGUUUAAGGUUAUUACUUCGUUUGGAAUAAUCAAUAUCAUAUUUAAUUUAUGUGCCGUCCCUGUGUUCGAUGUUUUUAAAAAUUCAGAUCCGUUAUCUACAUAUAUUUCUCGAACUUUACAGAUUCAAGGUCAAAUAUACCAUAGAGCUGGGUCUUUGCUACCAUUCCCAGAUGGUGACCAUCAAUUUUUGCAAAUAUAUUUUAUUGGUGAUGAGAAUCGUGAAUUAGAUCAGCGCUGUGCAAUUUGGUUGGUAUUGAUUUUGGUAUUGUAUCGUAGAAAUGAGCAAUUACAAUGUAUUUCAGAACUUCAUCGCUGUUAUGAUGCAUUGCCAUACCCCAUUUUGUUUUGGAGAGGGGACGAUAGCUAUUAUAUCAACAUACCAAUGAUAAAUCCAACAACUGGUCAAAAAUCAACGAAAACCGUCAGUGCGAUGAAUUUUUAUUCGUGACCACCACAAUCAAAUUUUAAAAAAGUACAGAAAAGGCUAUUGUGACAUCUUUAGAAAGUUUGAAAUCAACUAAUUCAACUGUUUAAAUAUUUUACGAGUUCUAUAAAGAAAACUUAAUAUGAACAAUUUCUUGCGAUAUAAAAAAAAAAUUUUAUGUAUGGUGGUGCGAAGCCCACUGGGUAAUGCUAGUCUUAUAUAAAAAGCCACCGAAGUUGAAAUUCUCACAAAAUGGUAUGCCCUUAAAAAUAAAUUUAUCCAUUUUAUUAGUUAUGAGGUGAAUAGGUCCUACUCCAUGCCCCAAAUCAAUAUGUUGUCUCCACAGUACUUGAUCGUCUGACAAUUUUCCCAGCAUCAUUUACAAAUAAAUUUAUUUUUGUUUCAUCGCUCCAAAGUGUGGGCGUUUUCCAAAACGUAUCAUUGCUUUACUUUGUAAAGUUAUGAUUUGCAACCCUGUUGAAUUGGAGGCAUAGCUCAAUGAGGGUCCGUGUCAAACGCAAGAAGAACUUGCUUCAGUAUUAGGAUUUACCCGCCAAUCCAUUUCCAAGCGAUUGCAUGCUUUGGGGGAAUGAUUCAGAAACAGGGGACUAGGGUUCCUUAUGAGUUAUAAUUCUUUAUAUAUUAUUAGAAUAUUAGACUCUAAAUAUUAAAUAAAAAUAUAUUGUAAUGAUAAAAGCAAUUCCAUUUAGGGGGGCAGAUACCUGUAAGAUUUCGAAAAAAAAAAAAAUGUUUUUUUCAUAAAAUCUCAGAAACAUAAGUACUUCUUAUUCUUUGCGUUCGAGUGGUGGGAGAGGUAUAGUUAUGUAUUCAUAUAUUUCUCAAAAGUAUAUUUUUCGAAUUGGCGUACGCGAUAACUCGAAAAGUUAUUGACCGAUCUCCCUGAAAUUUUGCACACAUCUUACACAAUUUACAAUUCGAAAAUUUUUCGAAAAUAUAAUUUUUUCAAAGCAAAAGUAGUAGGAAAAUUCGUCCUAUUCAUUUUUUUAAGCAUUUUAUUCCGCGAUUUUUCAUUUGUUUUUAAUUCAUAUAGAAAUUAUGUCAUAGUCCGAAUGGUUAA